GGCACACCUCAAUUCAAGCUGUAGGUUCCUCUCUCUGCAUCUCAAGGCUCUCUGAGACAUCCGGGCUAAGCUGAAAAUGAAAUCACUGAGUGCUUGUCUCGUGUUGACCUCUUGCAUCCUCUGGGGCUCACUGAGUGUGGAGAUUAGGGAUGGAGAAAGGAGCUAUCCCCUAGAGGCUGUGAAAGCGUUGAAGGAGCUGAUCGACACAGAUGCCAUUGUUAACCCGCGGUUGAUCAACACCAACAUGGUCUCUGUCUGUAACAACCGUGUCUUGCCACAGGCCUUCUAUCCAGUGUGCCAGGGCAAAGAGGCAGCCAUGGUCUUCUCCAGGCUAGUGGAUGCCAUCACGUCUCCAGAUCUGUGUGAGAUCUGUGCCCACCCCGCCUGCUUUGGGUGUCUACCGUAAGACUGCCACCAUCUGUUACACAAUCCUCUGAAGCUUUCCUAUCUAAACCACACAUCUUCUUCAGAUCUGCAUCGUAUAUGAAGCCAGGGCAUGAAUAAGCCCAUCCUAUCCAUGUGCCAGGAGCCAUUGAUCGACAUAUUGCAUACACUUGAGGAAUGUUAUGUGUUUGAUGUUGUUUGAGCUGUACAGCCAAAAUCAAGUUAUUUAUAAUUCAGCAAAAGGCUUUAAAUGAACAGUAAUGUCCAGAUGUUCAUGACAUUUCCAUGGAUUACCAUGGAAUAUGGGAUAAAUUCACUGUAGAAACUGUGAAUCAUAAAUUUCUAUUGCUAAUCAAAUUGUGUCUAAUCUGUUGUCCCAUUUUUUCCACCAGACUGAAUGUCUUUAUACAUUUACUGUAAAAUGGGCUGAUUCUGUAAAUAUUUCGAAUUAUAUCUACUUUAUUGACACUGUU